AUGGAGGAUAAGUCGGACUCAGUCGUAAUCAUGGCAGAAUGUCUUUGCAAAGCACAUUCGUUCAGCCCCGAGGUUUCCAAAUCCAAGCUCCCGCUGGAAUGCAACGUCUGCCACUGCGACUCGUGCCGUCAUUCCACUGGAGCAUUAUACGUGGUCGAGACGACUUGGCCUCAACCGCUCGAGGAUGUCGACCUGAGCGGGCUUCACAAAUACCAGUUUUCUGACAACAUCGCGUAUCGGUUCUGCGGGACAUGCUCGACGCUGAUGUUCUAUGAGUCGCGCAAAUAUCCCAGCAAGCUGGGUACUUUUAGCGGGCCGCUGAAGAAUACAGAUUCAGAAACCAUCAGACUCGCUCGGCACAUCUAUGUUGAGGAUACCAUCGACGGCGGGGCAACAGUCUGGCUCAGGAAGCCCAAUCCCGAUGGUCAGCAGAUCCCACGUUACCUCGAGCGUUCUGGAGAAGAACUUUCAUGGGACUGGCCUCAGAUCUCGAGUUUGACGGGAUCCACAGGGAAGCAAGAACAAGCACCCAUCCCUCUCUGGUGUCACUGUAGAGAUCUCUCCAAUGUUACUCAAGGCGAUGGCGACGCGUUCCCAAAGACAAUGGCAAAGCUCAAAGCUGCUGUGGAUGUGGCCGACCCACUCAUUGGAACGCUGGCCUACUAUCAACCAACAUCGGGUGUACAGCGAUAUUGCUGCAAGGUCUGCUCUACCUCCGCUUUUCUCGCUUCUGACGAUAGGUCGGAGGCUGUAGGCGUGCCCGUCGGCCUGCUAGAGGCAUCUGAUGGAUCCAGGGCUGAGAGUUUCUUGUCCUGGGGAUUAGGGGAUACCCCGAUAGGGGUGGAUGAUACCAAAGGCGGCUGGCGAGAAGAAAUGAUAAAGCGAGUGCUUGCCGACGCGGAGAAAUUCAGGGUUGCGAGGGAUUAUCCCAGGAGCUGGAGAAGACAAUUCAGGGAGGCGAAUGCUGGGUCAUCUUGA